CCGCCUGUUAAACAAGAUAAGCCCUGUUUUGAAAGCCUUACAAGCAAGCAAUUAACCGCACGAUACUCUCUAGAUCCCCUGUACGGCAAACUCUCAGAAAAAAAGAAACCGUUUCUUCCAAUGUCAGUUAGUUACACAUUUCAAUGGAAACUUUUCACAAACAGGUGGUGCUCGUCACAGGGUGCUCUUCUGGCGGCAUCGGUAACGCUCUCUCCCGCGCUUUUGCGGCCAAAAACUGUCUCGUAGUCGCCACGGCUCGCUCAGUUUCAUCUAUGGCUGAAUUCAGCGAUAAUCCUGAUCUCUACUUUCUUCAGGAGCUUGAUGUGUUAUCGGAUCAGAGCGUUCGAGAGGUUGUCUCGAAUGUUAUCGAUAAGUUUGGACGGAUUGAUGUUGUUGUUAAUAAUGCUGGUGUUCAGUGUAUUGGUCCUCUUGCAGAAGUUCCGUUUUCUUCGAUUGAGAAUACUUUCAACACGAAUGUUUACGGUUCCAUGAGGCUGAUCCAAGCAGUUGUCCCUCACAUGGUAUCAAGAAAGAAAGGAAAGAUUGUGAACAUUGGAAGUGUGACUGCCCUGGCACCUGGACCAUGGUCAGGUGUCUACGCUGCAUCUAAAGCUGCUUUACACGCGCUAACUGACACACUAAGGGUGGAACUGAAGCCGUUUGGUAUCGAUGUAAUUAACAUUGUGCCUGGAUCCGUAAAAACGAACUUAGGAAAUACAGCUGUAGCCAGCUACAACAAGAUGCCAGAAUGGAAAAUGUACAAGAAAUACGAAGGCGCAAUCAAAGAGCGCGCGUAUUUUUCACAAGGUUCAAAAGCAAUUUCGCCAGACGAGUUUGCAAACAAGACAGUGGCUGCAAUCCUGAAAGAAGACCCCCCUUCUUGGUUCUCUUUGGGGCAGUUUUCCACUAUAGCGGCUAUUAUGUACCAUAUGCCUAUAUUUGUUAAGGAUUUCCUUUACAAAAUGGCCAUGAUGAAAUGUUAGUUUAUAUAUCUGUAACUUGUUCAACUACCACAUGCUUGUACGUUGUUGAAAAUAUUGGUUAUCGUCAUUUCAACCCGUUUAGAUACAAUGGUUGAUUUAGGUUAUGUUUUAUCUA